UGGCAGGUGGCUCGUAGCGGAGACUUUGGGAUUACAUUUUGGAAUAACAGCGAUCCGUUAAAUUCGGAUUUCUCAUUAUAAACAGCCUUUUCUAUUUUCAUAAAAUAUCAAUAAUUUUCUAAAACUAUUUCUUUUUUCUCAUAAAUAUUAAUAAAAAUGAAAUAAUCGUUGAUUUAAUUAACCGUUUAAUAAUUACGCGUUAUCACAAUUUCGUAGUCAUAUUUGAACAUAGUCCUGUCUUAUGGGUCUCACAGCACUUGGGAAUUUAAAUGACAAGUGAAAUACAGAAAUUUCUAUUAUUAAUAAUUACUGAAUUCAAUCGUUUGUUCUACAUUAUCAGUUUCAUUAAAGUUUAUCGGCCAAAGAAAAUGACAUCUACGACGAAACGUCAGAUAUCUAUUCAACAGUUGCCAAGUAAUUUUCGUGAUAUGUAUCCCCACGAUUUGCAAUUCUAUCAAAAUACUCCGUUUGGUGAAAUAAUGCUGGAUGAACUACAAGAAAUAAGCGAGACACGGCUCAAAGUUCUUACUUUGGUGGAACGUAUACAUUUAUUAAAAUUAUCAAUGCCUGUGUCAAAACGCAAAGCUGCUUUGGUUAGAGAAUUGCGCAAACUAGGACUUAAUGAAUCUGCAAGACUGAUCAAUAAUCCUGGAUGUAAAUCACACACAGAUAUGGAUAUAUAUGUCAGGAGAAGAGAUCAUAUAUCUCACGUUAUAUUGAGAUCUGUGGUUGCUUUUGACGUACACAAAAAAUGCUGGUUUUUUAAACAAGAAGCGAGGUUAUUUAAGUGGAGAUUUUCUUCAUUAGAUAACGAAGGAUACAGGCAUUUUAUGCAAAUUUACAAUUUUGAUUUUGAACCAAUCAGUCAAAAUGAGAAAGAUAAAAUUAAGGAAUAUCUUCAAGUGUCUUCUCUGCAUAUUAGUGAUAUAGAUAGUAUGCAGUUUUACAAAGUGCCUUUCUCUCAUGUGCCUAGUUUAGUUAAAAAGCGCAAGGUCUUUGUUAAGCAAGGUAUAGCUUUCAUACCUGAAAAAGAUAUGGGAUUCGUGUUCACAUCAUAUUUCAGAAAAAUUCUGUUAUCAGCCCUUGAAGGUGCACGUGAAACUAGAGCCAAGUUAUACAACGACGAGAGAUUCACCCGUAUUUUCGCCAAUUUAGAAAACAUUAUUCAUACAGAAAAUACUGUACUGGUGCAAGACGAGGAUAUACAACAGUAUGUUUCAUUGGAACGAUUAGAUGAGCUCUCGGGAACAUCUUAUCCCUUCUGUAUGAGAGUGCUUCAUAAAGCAUUGAGAAAAAAUCACCAUCUUACUCACGGUGGUAGGGUACAAUAUGGUUUGUUUCUGAAGGGUAUCGGGAUCUCUCUAUCCGACGCAAUGACCCUUUGGAAAAGCGAAUUUACAAAAGUAAUGAACGAAGCUGCGUUUGAAAAAGAGCAUAUCUAUCAGAUAAGAUUCAUCUUCGGAGAGGAGGGUAGCCGGCGGGAUUAUCAGCCUUACCCGUGUUCGAAAAUCAUGGAGUCGAUUGUUGCACCUAGAGAUUAUCACGGAUGUCCAUUCAAACAUAUGCUGCGCGACGUACUCGAAGACGAGCUCGUCGAUUGCGGUUUCAACAAAUUGGAAAGAUCGGCGAUAACGACUUUAUCGCGAGACGACCAAUAUCAGGCGGCAUGUAACAAGUAUUAUGAAAUUAAACAUGGUUGUUUCAACGAUAGCCCAUUCAAACAUCCGAAUGUAUAUUUCAACGAGAGUGUGAAACAUCAUAUCUCGUAUUAUAAUCACGGUAAGAUACAAUUCCUUGUCAGAUCAUACGUAUCGAAUAAUUCACGAUUCUGUACAAAAAGAAAAACAAAAUUAACGUUACGUCUGAGUAUUAAAGAUUUGACCUCGGAAAAUGAAGACACUUGGUGAUUGUCGUACAGAAGAAGAAUAUUCGGAAAAGUUGGAAAUGUUUCUACGACUGUUGCAAAAUAUAUUUGAAGAAAUCAGUAGAUCGGAUAGCGAUUUUUACACAGAUCUCUGUAAAUAUACGUUUAAUUCCUUGUAAGUCCCGAUAAUAUUUCUCGAAACGAAGAAGCAAGUAUCAGAUCAAAUGAUUUGAAUUUAACAGCUUGAUAAUAUGUCAACUAAUUUGCGGUUUUCCUUUGUCGACGCGACAUUUUUUUGCCAAUGCGAAACAUUACCGGGAAAUGUGCGUUUAUUUUAGACAGAUGCCCUUCGGACAUUUUGUAAUAUUCUUAUUUAAAUGUGUUUUAAUGCGAAUAAAUGAUUUUUAUGCAA